GUCACGGUUACUUAAUGAUUGUGAAUGUGGCAAUCGGCAUGAACAGGAAGUAAAGGUUUAACCAGAGCUGCGGAAGGCAUUGAUUGUACUGUAGUUUGGAAUCUGCGUGAUAAGACUAAUCUCCUUUAACGCAAAUAAUUACAGGUAUAGGACCCGUUAUCCAGAAUACUCGGGACCAAGGAAAAUGGAGGUCGACUACAACCCAAUGGAUUUGCCAGUUAACACUGUUUAUGAAGAUGAGUCUGAAUUCAGAGAUUUGGAAGGAACUGAUGUAAAGGAUAUGUGUUUAGAGGCUGAAGCUAUUGUAAAUGAUGUACUGUUUGCUGUUGGCAACAUGUUUGUCUCAAAAACUCUACCAUGUGCUGUGGAUGUUGCAUACAUCAAUGUUGAGAUAAAGGAAGGAACCAGAUACUGCCUGGAACUUACUGAUGCUGGGUUAAGGGUGGCUGGUUAUGCAUUUGACCAUCUUGCUGAAGGACUGUGUAGCCAGUACCAUGAGACUGUCUACUCUUUAUUGGACUCUCUCAGUCCAGCAUACCGGGAGGCCUUUGGAAAUGCACUUCUGCAGAGAUUGGAAGCACUGAAAAGAGAUGGACAGUCAUAAGUGAUUCCUUUAGAAAUCUGCCUAUUAAUAUAAAACCAUGUUUAUACACAAGUUUUAAUUUAUUUUUAACAUCUCAUUCAGUUUAACAUCUCAUUGCAGCACCCACCGUAGUGUUUUCUGUUUCGGAUAUAUAUAUACAUACAAUACAGUCUUCAAUCUAGCUGUUAGGGAUGGUUUUUAAUCUUUGGUUGGAAUCUCAAAUCAUAUAAUUUGCUGCAGGUUUAUGUGCCCUGAUCUUAUCUUCUAUGGAAAUAUUUUGCAUAUUUGCUGUUUCUAUUGAGCUUGCUCUAGCAAAGUGUUACAAUAAUGUUGCUGUAUUGCAGAAGUGACACCUAAUCUUGAAUUAAACUGUAAUUUUGGGUGAUUACUGUUGCAUGAUGCUGUCCUUUCUUUAGACUGCCAUGCAUUUUGUAAUGAUUUAAUCUUGCAUACAUAUAGCAACAUUUCUUGAGUCCUGAAUACUUUGGCAUGCUCGUGCGUUCAUUUGUGUUAAAAAGGAAUAAUUUGUGGUUUUAAUAGUACAGCAAGAUAUAUAACAUAUAAUAAUAGGAAUUUGUCAGUCUACUUAUUUGGAUUUAUAGCCAUUAUACCAGAUGCUAAAUUUAUAUCACUGUAGGUAUAUAUAUUCGUGUUAAUGGAUGUAAGUUUACCACAUGUAUUAUUUUGACUUAAAUCCCCUGUACUUGCUUAGUUUCCAUUUGCAUUGUUACAGGAUGAAGUAUAUACAAAGGGGCACAUUUACUAAGCCUCGAAUCCGAAUUCCGGAUUGGAAACGAAAAUGUUGUGAUUUUUUUUUUGUCGCCGUCACGAUUGUUUUGCAUUUUGCGCAAUUUUUUCGUCGCCGUUGCGAUUUUUUCGGAUUGAGCAAUUGUAAACGGCGGAAAAACCAAUCCGAAUUUUUCGCGACAGCGACGAAAAAGUUGCGGAAAAUAUACGAUAAAGUUGUAACGGUGACUAAAAAGUCGUGCAAAAUACGGAACAAUCACAGCGGCGCUGAAAAAAUCGCAAAACUAUCGAUCAUUACGAAAAAAACGCAUUCGGACGCUUUCCCCAAAGUGUUGCUGUUUACAAACUACAGUUUUUUUUUUUUGGUCUACAGAAAAAAAAAUCCAUCUGUAACAUUAGCCUAGCGUAAUUACUAAAUAGCAGGGGACGGUAUACUGUUGACUGUAGAAAUACUGCAGAGACAUGUCCUGCACUUAGAAUCUGCAUAUGGGUUAAAAUACAUGUGUAAACAAAUGUACAUGUGCUAAUUCAACAUAACCAGUUCUCUCUAAACUAUAGCCAGGCGCAUUGACCUGGGCAAUUUUAAUUUUCUUAUGUUCAGCCAUGUCUUGAAUGAUAAUAAAACUGCAUAAAUAUUU